GCGCGUGGGGAUUCACAUGCGCGCCUCUGCUGAUGCUGCUGAAGCUUGUGCUGUGCCGCGUGCAUCCAUCAAUCCAUCCAUUCAGUACUGGCGCAGGACAUACAGUCCUGAUUAUUAUGCAGUUUAGUUUAGCUACGUUUAGUGUUUAAACCGUGUUCGUUGCCGUACCAGUCCGAGGACUUGUGAACACCAUGGUUUCUAGACAGCUCGUCUGCGGCGAGGUUAAAGCCUCAUCAUGCGUCCUGCGGUCAGACCUUUGCUCAUAGCUGUGAAGACACUCGGAUAUUAACCAUAACGUGCUUUCUGGAAAUAAAGGAAACGGAAUAAGGAGGGAGCAACUAACUGACAAGGUAUCCAACUGUAAAAUGGAGGAUAGUUUUGAUUGUGACUGCGGUGAGCUGGAGCCACCUGAUCAUUGAGAAGGAAUUGUCUCACUGAGAUCAUCAACCCGUUCAGUUUCCCCACAUCAGGUGUUUUAAACAGGAACAGACAAAAAAGUACAUUUAUCACCAUUACUUGGACCGUUAGUAAUGCUGCUGCUCAGAGUCAGUCAUACACUGAAAAUUUCUACACUGUGAUGAUGGUUUAAUUGGUAGUGACUUCAAUAAUUUCAGUUAUGUUCAGAGAUAUUUGAUUGGCUUCCAAAUUCAUUCCGUUAAGCCCCUAAAUAAAAAGAAAACGCUCCCACAAACUACAUACAAAAAGCUGCUAAAAAGUACUGUGGAUGACGAUAACAUAUCUUGGCAACAUAUCCGAAUGAGUUCCAAGCAUCUCUCAGAAAUACGCUGUAACAGUCAAUCAGGGAAAACGCUUAAGUCUUUGUUUUUUUUGUUAACUUAGGAUUGUCUUUCUCAAAUUAGCUCUAGUAGUUGCAACUUAAGAUCGAUUUCAUAUCAAAAAUCCUUCCUGCUAUAAUAUCUGCGCAGAGCUGCUCUUGUAGACCGCAAAAUGGCAGAGAAAUUUGAAAGCCUUAUGAACAUUCACGGCUUCGACCUUGGCCCUCGGUACAUGGACCUUAAGCCUCUGGGCUAUGGGGGCAACGGACUGGUCUUUUCCGCUGUCGACACCGAUUGUGACAAGAGGGUCGCUGUGAAAAAGAUCGUCUUAACCGACCCCCAGAGCGUUAAACACGCAUUGCGCGAAAUCAAGAUCAUCCGCAGACUCGAUCACGACAACAUCGUAAAGGUGUUUGAAACGCUGGGGCCCAGUGGCCGGAGGCUCAUGGAGGAUGUGAGCUCUCUGACAGAGGUCAACUCCGUGUACAUCGUACAGGAGUACAUGGAAACCGACCUCUGUAAAGUACUGGAACAAGGCUUGUUGUCCGAGGAUCACGCACGACUGUUCAUGUACCAACUGCUGCGAGGACUCAAAUACAUCCACUCUGCAAACGUGCUUCACCGCGACCUGAAGCCAGCCAACCUCUUCGUCAACACCGAGGACUUGGUACUGAAAAUCGGGGACUUUGGACUGGCCCGUAUAAUGGACCCCCACUAUUCCCAUAAGGGUCAUCUGUCUGAGGGGCUGGUCACUAAAUGGUAUCGUUCUCCUCGUCUUCUCCUUUCCCCAAAUAACUACACCAAAGCCAUUGACAUGUGGGCUGCUGGGUGCAUCUUUGCUGAAAUGCUGACUGGAAAAACACUCUUUGCAGGAGCUCACGAGCUGGAGCAGAUGCAGCUGAUUCUGGAAUCCAUUCCAGUAGUCCAUGAAGAAGACCGACUGGAGCUCCAAAGUGUAAUACCUGUCUUUAUCAAGAGCGACAUGUCAGAACCACACACGCCGCUCGCCAAGCUACUGCCUGGUGUCAGCCCUGAGGCCUUGGAUUUCCUGGAGAAGAUCAUGACGUUUAACCCCAUGGACCGGCUCACUGCGGAAGAGGCUCUUGCUCACCCAUACAUGAGCGAUUACUCCUUCCCUCUAGAUGAACCAGUGUCCUUGCACCCCUUCCACAUCGAGGAUGAGGUGGAUGACAUCUUGCUCAUGGAUGAGAGUCACAGUCACAUCUACAACUGGGACAGGUACCAUGAAAGUCAGUUCUCUGAUCAAGACUGGCACCUGCACAGCACCCAUGAACUGGAAGACGUGCAGCGGGAUCCUCGAGCUAUGUCAGAUUUCACGGACGAGGAGGAGGUCCAGAUCGAUCCGCGGAAAUACAUGGAUGGGGAGUGUGAGAAGUUCCUAGAAGAUCCAUCAUUCGACCUCACCCUAGAGCACUCGUGGCAACACGAAGAUCACCAUGAGAACAAAUACUGUGACCAGGACUGCAGUUACACUUGCAACUACAAAGCUGUGUCCCCAUCCUACCUGGACAAUCUGAUCUGGAGGGACAGUGAGGUGAACCACUACUAUGAGCCCAAACUCAUCAUUGAUCUCUCCAACUGGAAAGAGCAGCAAAGCAAAGAGAAGAACGACAAAAAAGGCAAGACCAAGUGUGAGAAGAAUGGGCUGGUCAAGGCCCAGAUCGCCCUGCAGGAGGCGUCUCAGAUCCACUGCGUGGCCGAGAAGGAUCGCGACCAGGAAAAACACCAGAACCACAGCCAGGGCUUCGACUUUGACUCGUUUAUCGCCAGCACCAUCAAAAUGAGCCUUCAGCCAGAAUCCGGCGAGGUUGACCUCCUGAAUGAGUUGAACACCUCCGUUUCCCAGCUGGACACCCAUUUUCUUUGCGGCUCCAUGUCCAAGUCCAUCAGUCAGGAGAAAGAAGAGAAGUGUCUAGUGAACCUGGCGCAGCUCGGCGUCCGAGCACCCUGUCCUUGGGAGAGUUUCACGGACAGUGACGUUACCGAGAGCAGCCUAAUCGACGAGGCUUUCUGGGACGUCCGCAAAGACGAGCAGCUCCAGGAGAACAACAGCUGCCAGAGCAGUUACUUAGACCGCCUCUUCAACAAGCGUGAGGAGGUCGAGUCUGAGAUCCCCGAACCUGUCGAGGAGUCCACUCCGGAGGAUGACUUCAUAUCCUGCGCUGGUGAGAUUGUCAUUAACAUGCAGCUGGAGUCUCUGGCCAUCCCGGGGUUUGAGGGAGCGGGUGACAUUCCUCUGAAGUCCAUCCAGGCCACGUUAACGCCCUCUGCUGUUAAACUCUCCCCACAAAUCGCCCAUAAAACCUACAGCAGCAUUUUUAAGCAUUUAAAUUAGAAAGAAACAAAUCCCCCGUUCAAGCAGAGUUCAGCUUAUUUUUUAUAGAGUUAUGUAUUUCUGUACUUGAAUCUUUUUUUUAUCUUUUUACAUAGGGUUACUUUUAAGGAAACUUAUGUCUUUUUUUUUUUUCUUUCUGUGGAUUAAAUGUAAAUGAAUUCAUUUUGUAUAUUCAUCCAAAGUGCUGGACUGUGUUCCUACACUUGAAAUUUUUUUUCCCCUUUGAUUAUCAGUUUCAACUCUUGAUAUUCUAUAACGUCAUGACAUUUGCACAGAGUGUACUGUAGAUUCAGAAACAUAUUAGGGAAAGACAGAGGAACAACUGUUAAGUACAAAAGCAAAGGAAUAGAGAGACAGUUUGGCGGAAUAAUGCACUAACAUAUGGGAGACGCCGCCACUGACAUCAUCAUGUGACCUUCUGACUGACAGCCAAUAGGACUGACACAAGCAGUGCGUCUUGGCCUUUCCUUUCCUCUUCCUGUUGUUUUUAAUUAAGGCUAAUGUAUUUAUUUGACUCUUUCCACCUCAUUUCCAUUUAAAACUGUAAACUUCCUCAAACGUGAUGCCAGCCCAGCAAGCAUUAACUGUUGGUUUGCGAUGCGUUAACUGUAGGUUCGUAAAGGCGUUAUCUACCUCAAGGUAACAGCAGAAGGCUCUGUCUCCCAACUGUAGUGCUUUAAAGAAACACUUGCCCUUUCAACGAUGUAGUGCACAGCAGUUUCUAUUUUGCAUUUUGCAUUUGCCAUAGUGAAGUGUUAAGAUCAUUAUUUAUUUUUAGCAGAUGUGAGAUAUUUAUUUUAAGAAACGUAACUUUUCAAUGUGAGGCAUUGGACUUCCAUUCUGGUCUGUUUUGGCGUUCCGUGUUUAGCUGUGGAUGAUCACUUAUCCGUUUGAGUUGUAUAGAAAUUCAUGAUGUUUUCCCAAAUUCAACUAUUUGUUUUCAAAAAGAUUCACCAUAAGGAUUUUUUUUUAUCUUAUUCCAUUUUUUUUUAUUAACCUUAUAGGUGCUUUGUAUGAGUGGAAUGCUGCUUUAUGCUAUUUUAUGCGCCUAAAAGUCUUAUUUUUUUCUGUCCUAUAUAUAUGUGUGUGUGUGUGUACACACACACACACACACACAUAUUGUAAAAAAAAUUGUGCAUGGAAGAAAACCAUCGGAUGGUACAUUUAAAAUGAAGUUAAUGGUGAAGUAUAUUGUAAGUCAUUAAUUUUAUUUUAAUUGUUUUUAUGAAAGUUCAUUUUUUUCCAAGCGAGCAUGAUUGAAUUAGUUUCAGAUAUAGCAUGUAGAACACUUAAUUUUUUUAUUUUUUUGUUUUUUGUUGGUGUUAAUUUUGCCUUUAAACGCUGGUUUCAUUCUGUUAUCAUUGGUUCCUCUGUAAAUAACAUCAAUAAAAUGGCCAGCAAGUGAA